AUGGCAACUGCAACCACAUUCGCUCCGGGUUCAUUAGAAGCAGAGUGUCCUGGCGGAGUCGACUGGGCUUGGAAUGUUUUGGGAGAGUGCAUUCGUAGCACUCGCGACAAGGUUUCCAUCGCCUUCGGUGUCUUGAGCAUUGCCUCGUGGUUCAUGUUCGGAUUUCCCCAAAUGGUUACCAAUUGCAUCAAGAAGAUUCCCGACGAAGCUGUCUCCCCUUGGCUUCUAUUCUUCUGGCUCCUUGGCGACAGUCUUAACUUUACUGGUGCAUUCCUGACAAAUCAACUGUUCCUUCAAGUAAGUAUGCCGUCUGGCGCUUUAAUUUGGACAGUACACUUCGUUGCCUUUAAGCCACAGACAUUAUUGAUUUUAAAAAAAAACUAAACACUCCAGCAAAAUGUAGGUUCAAGGUCCGCUGGUACCUCGACUGAUUCCAUGGAAUGAUGCCAAAUUUGCCAUGUUUAGCUUUUCUUUCCUUUGACGAUCCUAAUUUUAGAAAGUGCUUGCUGGCUACACUGUCGUGGUGGAUUUGUUUCUCAUCGGCCAAUACAUAUACUACUACUGCCUCCAUAAGCAUAAAGUCAAAAGUGAGUUUUCCUUGCUUGCAAGCAAUGCUUCUCUGAUAAAUGCAAGUGUACUGAGCUUAUAACUCUUCAAAACGACUCAGUCAAACCUGACUGACUACCGGGCAGACAGCAGUUAUUCCUUUUAGUCAUUGUCACUACGUUAGAUGGAUUCAAUUUUGUGAAAUCAAUUUACAACGUGACCUUAUUUCUUCCUUAUCCCUAUCGUCUUGCUCAGUCAAUCGACUAUGACCACGCUCAUCUGUCUUGCUUUUAACAAAAAACGACUAAAGCGAACCUAAUCGACUAACAGAUAAACGACAGUUAUCCCUCAUAAUCACUGCCCCUACGUUGACCGUACUCGACUGCGUGACAUCGAUUUGCAACGUGAGAAGGUCGAGGCCCUAUUUAUGCUUAUUCCUACUGGUUUGCUCAGUCAAUCAACGGUUAUCACACCAAUCUUUUUUCAUUUUAACAAAAAAACAGAAUACGGCGAAGACUACAACCUCAAAAAGGAUGAUGAACAGAGUUCCCAGAACAGUGACUCGAUAAGUACCGCUCCUACAAAGGCCUCGAAAACUCUGGCUACCGCUCUGUUGGGCGUCGUCGGUGUCUCCUACUUCUGCGUGCCCGCAUUAAUAAAUGGCCAAGGAAAACCGCCCCACAUGGGCUCAAUGCAUCUGCAGGGGCGUCAACUGCUUCAGGCUGCAAACGAUGUUUCCCCCACUACCACCACGCCAGAUCCAUUCGCCGACUUUCUCGCCGUAAGUUUUGACUACCACCUUGUGCAUAUACACAAAACUACGUUCAGAUGGAGCUCUCUGUUACAAAAUCCAGCCAAUUAAUCUUGCGCUGAGGUAGUUUUUCGCUACUAAGUUUUGGAGGAGGACCAUACUUCAUCCACUAUUUAGUGCAUCCUAUAGGUUGAGUAUUAUUUGCCACCUGAUUCAAAUUGUCCCAAGUUAAUUGGCAUGUUUUAAAUUCUGUUUCCUUGUUUGGGCUAGACUACGGAGGAGAAAAUCGGUUACGCCAUUGGUUGGAUUGGCGCCGUCAUGUACUUCUGUUCCCGGGUGCCACAAAUUGUGCAAAACGUAAGUCAUUAUCUUGUGUCGGUAUUUAUGUAAUGUGUAUGCGACGAGUAGGAACUGCUAUUUUCUGAGACGCUGACCUUCUACUAAGAGAAACCAUUUUUUCUACAGUUCAAACGGAAAUCGACGGAGGGUCUCAGCCUCUACCUUUUCCUUCUGGCUAUUUUUGGAAAUGUAUUCUACGGUCUUCAGAUCUUCAUCAAAUCAAUUGACGCUGCUUUCGUUGUUAAAUCGCUUCCCUGGAUCCUGGGAAGCUUGGGCAUUCUGGUAUUCGAUUUCAUUGUAAGUCGAGUCUUUUGUCAUCAGCAGUUUCCGCCUCCUUCCAUGCAUAAAACUGCUAAAAUUCUGAUAAAUUUAAAAUGCUUGAUGUGAUUGUACAGAAGCAGGAGAUCGCUGAUCGAUUAUUUGUUUUCCUUUACUACAGAUCAUGGGUCAGUUCAUUGCAUACCGCCACAAUACGGCAGACGCAACCCUCGUAGACGAAGGUGAUGAAAUCGCAAGCGAAGAUGAAAAUUACUCCAUUAUAUGA